AUGGCGGAAGUGGUAGGCACCGUCGCUGCUGUCGUCCAGUUUGUGGACCUGCAGAUCGACCUACGUCAGCAAAUCGAGAUUGCGCAGCACAUACAGAAUGACCAUAUACCCAGUUUUGCGACAACAGUAUCGUACUCGACGCUUGACGCGCCCCUCCUCGAGUACGUUAGUCUUGCUGACGAGUUGAGCAAGACGUUAGAACGAUUGCUCACCCGUAAGAACGAUGGAAUGCUACAACGAGGCUGGAGUGGGAUUUGCUCCCUUCGCAAGAAGGAAGAAGUGGCAAACAUUUGCGAUCGACUCGAACAAAAGAGAAGCAUUCUCUCCAUGUGGUUGAACGCGGCAAAUCUGUAA